AUGUCCUAUGCCCUUGAAACGAAAAAGCGCAAAUUUCAUCGAGUGCUAGAAUCCUUAACCAAACCUUCAAACUCCGAGUCACCCAACCCAACCACCCCGAACGCCGCGACAACUCCCGACCAUGCUCCGUUAGCAAAAAGGGCACGCCUGGACGGCCGGGACGACGGGAUUCUUGCUUCGGUGCGAAAAGACAUACUCAAGAUUGCGCGAACUACCUCUCGAGCUUCCUCUGUAUCAUCGCAAACUCGGCCAACCUUUGUCCCUUGGGAUCGCGACCGUUUCCUUGAGCGAUUAGAAACGUUCCGCCGGGUAGAUCGAUGGUCCCCAAAACCACCCAGAGUGAACGAAGUCGAAUGGGCCAAGCGCGGCUGGAUAUGCACAGAUGUUGAGCGUGUUACGUGUGUGGGGGGCUGCGGGGGGUCUGUUGUUGUCAAGAUCCCCGAUGAACUUGACGAGCUAGACGGGUAUGACGGUGAAAAAAUACAGGAAAGAAAGGAAGUCCGCACAAAACUUGAGCAGGAAUACGCGAACCUUAUAGUUCAAGGGCAUGGCGAGAGUUGCCCGUGGCGGAACAAGGGCUGCGAUGCUACGAUUCAUCGACUGCAACUGACGAAUCCGGAUACCGCGAUAUCCGGUCUUCGAGCACGGUAUACACGCUUACUGAAGAUGGCCGAUCAACUCCCCGACCCUGGUUUGCUGCAGGCACCAGAAAGCUUCGAUGCCGGAUCUUUAAUGGCCACUUUACCAGAUCCUCGUUUACAACCAGAAGCAACAGAAACACAGCGGACCUCAUCGGAAAACAGUUCGGAAAGUGAAUCGCAACCCACCGUACAAGCUGGCCCAUUCAAUGAGACAGCUUUUGUGCUUGCAUUCUUCGGCUGGGAUACUGUUGGGGGGACACCAGGUUUGAUUUCCUGCGGGGCAUGCUUCCGACGUCUGGGGCUUUGGAUUUACAAGCCAAAGGAGGGGGAAGAAGUGUCUUCCAACGACUUGUUAGAUGUUGCCACUGAACACAUGGAAUACUGCCCAUGGAUUAAUGCUAAAACACAAAGCGGCACAGGAAAGUCGUCUGAGAAGACGGGUGCAUUGCAGAGUGGAUGGGAAGCCUUGGCGCAGGCGGUCAAAGUAAAGCACUUGCGGCAGACUCGAUCAAGCACUCCAAUGGGUAGCCGCGCCGGCUCCGAAGCUCCCUCUAUGGACGAUGGCCCAGUGUUCAAUGAGGUCAACGACGAUAUCAAGAAGGCUAAAGAUCGGGAGUGGUGGUCCAAAAUCCGGCGCAUGAGACAAGUCUUGAACGUCAAAUCCCCCAAGAGAAAACCCUCCACAGCCCAAUAA